UUCCUGUGAAACGUGAGCGUUUCCGGUUAUCUAUUGUUGACGGCUACUAUUUAACUCGGAGGGCUGCUGCUGCUGAUGUAGGUUCGUCAAAACUUUCUGAUCGGUGUCGGAUAACCCCUCGCAGCUGCAGCAUGUCUCAGGCCCGGGUCACGGAUUUCUUCUCCCAGAGGAAGAAGGGCAUCUCCGGUCCUGUGAAGCCGUCCAAGCAGCGGAGCAGCGCGGUCCUGCAGCGUGGAUCUUCACGGCUUAGCACAAGGUCCGUAUCCUCCAAAAACAAUGACUACUCGCUCUGCUCGUCCUCCGUUCAUGAAGAGUUCGUUCGAGUUAUCGACGAGGCCGUGGGAAUAAACGAGGGAGAGUGUGCUAGCAUUAGCACCGGGAAGAACUCCCUCUCCAGUCCCAGGACACCAAAGCGGACCUCGGCCGACUGUGAGUUCGACCUCGGGUCUGCCGUGUUUUCAGCCACUGCCGACCACAGCACAGCCAAGAAACGAAGACAAGGAGAGGCUGCCAGAGACCCCAGACCCAACCUUCAGGACAAAACAACGACGAAGAGAGCCAGGAAGAAACUGAUCCUGCCCCAGGACACCCCAGAGGCUGUAGUCCAGUCCCUGCCCAGGAAGGUAACCGAUCUGCCUUCAGCUCCUCCAGUCCUUGAAUCCGGUCAGAACCAUGUUGACCCCAAAACCAGCAGCUCUCCCCUGCAGGAUGAGGCCACCAAGACCAGUGGAGGAAAGACCAGCACGGCCCUGUCCAAAGAUGGCAUUGCAGCGCUCAAAGCUCGCCUUCAGAGGAUCAAGAAACAUGCAGACGAGAUGGCCAGUGCUACUGUCGAUGCCACAUCCUCUCCUCCUGCAUCCCCAGCUGACACGGCACCUAAAAAGAAAGCUCCCCAGAAAGAUGCUCUCCUCUUGUCUGACGCCAAGGCCCUGCAGCUCACUGUGGCACGAGCCAGCGAGCUUGCAGCUAAAGCUCUGAGGAGGAAGGAAGAGAGAGAGGCAGAAGAGAGCAAGCAGAGUGAGACACAGGAAUGUACGGAGCAGGCAGCAUACCAGCGCUACCACAACCUUGCCCAGCCAGUACCCCCAGGCCUCUCCCUGCCCUACCAGUACAAGGUUUUGGCUGAGAUGUUCAGGAGUAUGGACACUGUGGUCGCUAUGCUGUACAACCGCUGUGAGACGGCAACCUUCACCAAGAUCAAGCAGGGAGUUCAGGACAUGAUGCACAAGCGGUUUGAGGAGAGCCACGUGGGUCAGAUAAAGACGGUGUUUCCUGAGGCGUACACGUUAAGACAGGAGAAGAACAUCCCAAACUUCAACAACAGCGUAAAGAAGGGCAGUUACCAGCUCACUGUGGAGCCAGUCCUUCCUUCAGACAACAAUGAAGCUCGCCCUAUCCUGUCAGCCUCUAACCUCCUCAACAGACGGCACAUCUUCCACCAGAACCUGGUCUCCAUUGUUAAACAGCAUCAUAAGGUCUUCCUGUCUUCUUUGGUCCCCCCCGUGUCUGUUCCAGAAGACAAACUCACUCGCUGGCAUCCUCGCUUUAAUGUGGACACGGUGCCAGCGGUCCAAAGCAGCUCGCUGCCUCAGCCGCCUCACACGGAGAAGCUGGCCACAGCUCAGGAGGUGCUUGACAAGGCCCGCUCUCUGAUUACACCAAAGAUGGAGAAGGCUCUGGUUUCACUGGCUCUGAAAACACCAGAUAAAGCUCCAGAGAGUAAAGAACCAACAUCUCCACAGAACCCAACAGCUGCCCCUUCCGCUCAGCUUCCAACAGCCCUGAAAGGGGUUUCCCAGUCCCUGCUGGAAAGGAUCAGAGCAAAGGAGGCCCAGAAGCUUCAGGCUGCCAUGACACGAAACUCUGUCCAAGAGGAGCGCCUGCUGAUGAUGUCCAGGCUCCCUGAGCUGGCCAGGAUCCUUCGAAAUGUUUUUGUGUCAGAAAAGAAGCCAGCCCUAAUUAUGGAAGUAGCCUGUAACAGGAUGGUGGCCAGCUACAGAUCUGCUCUCAGCACAGGUGAAAUGGAGAAACAUAUCCGACUGCUGGCAGAAGUGGCAGCUGAUUGGCUGACGAUUCAUCCAAUCAGGAAGGACUUUUACCUGAAGUUGAACAAGACCAUGGAGUUGAACAUUGUCGUGGACAAACUGAGCGACAGACUCAGAGAAGAAGAGAGACUGUAACGGACAGAGUAAUGGAAUCACGCCUAAGUGAUGUGGAGGCAGCGUCACACGGAUCUAAGCUUUAGCUGCACAGACUUUCAACAGACUGAACCCUGAUGGUUUAAAUAUUUCAGAUCCGGCCCCAGUCCGAGGACCCCCAUUUUGUUAAAUCCAGGGGCUACAUGGACCCCACCUUUGCUUGGCAGAAGUGCCGUCCUCCUGUGGGCCAAGAAGGUUGCAUUAGCCAGACUUCUGUCAUAGGGAUGUGUUUUUUUUUACAGUGUAGUUGUGUACAGGUUUGACACUAGUCUUUUAAAAGUCAUUUUCCAGUGGAGAACAGCUGAUGAUGAAGGUUUACAUUUUAAAGGUCUCCAUUUGAGAAUGUUCAAGAAAAACAAGUAUUUGUGGCAACCUGCUGCUUUUUUUUUGUCAACGGCAACAAUUUUAUUAAAACCAGCAAUCUUUAAAAAAGAAGGAGUGAUUGAACUAUUUAUCACAGUAACACAGCCAGGGUAUUUUUUCAGUCGUCAUCUUUGGUAAAGGAGUAGGCAGGAAAGAAAUGUUAAAAUAUACCACUUGUGAUGUUCUGUUUGGUUCUUUUGGUUGGUUUUCCCAGAAUUUCUACCUUUACAAUUUAUAAAGAUGAACAGAAUUUAAUUCUUGUGCUUGAAAUGUAAUUAUGACCUUUUAUUCUCAAUCACCUCUCUUUAAAUGAAGGGACAUCAAAAAAAUGUUACCUAUA